AGCCAAUCGCCGCGCAGUUCGAAGCCGGGGUGUGACUGACAGCAUUUCUGUUUUUUGUUUUUUUUUAUCCCAGCAUGCCCCGCGGGGCGGUUUGAAUGGCGGCUACGCUGUGAGGGGAGUGAGAGUAUCGCUGUACUGAGGGUCUGAGCGGAGCCGGUGGCUGGAUUAGUGUGCUGUACCCCGCGGCGGGGCCAUGAGCCGAUUUCCUUGGGAUUAUGGCACCUGGAGCCAGAGAUGCUAAGAAAAGGGACCUCGAAGAAGGUUGUUCAAAUGAUUUCCCAAGGAAGAGGAUCUCUCCUUCAGCCAAGCAGAACAUGAAGGAGGAUAAUUACUUAUCACCAAACAAGUUGGUUUCUGUUGGAAACGGAACACUGGUUGUGGAGUCUCCAAGCAGCAAUCAAAAGCUCUAUAAAGUUGUAUAUUGCAGGAGGAAAGCUCGGCAACAAACACAGAGUCCUGUGUACAGAAAGAAGUUGCACCCCAAAGGUUUGGGCGGUGACAUGGCAAAUAAGGAAAAUGAGCUAGCGGCAGGGAACCUGCAUGAGAAGCUCCAAAACGAGAGGUGCAGUUUAAUGCUGAAUUCCACUGACUCCUGUUCUGCUCAGACAGAGGGACCUUCUUCAAAAUAUAAUGGGUUCUUUGCAGAGGUCUCAAAAGAUCAUGACACUAUGGCUCAAGUCCUAUUCAGCAGGAAUCUAAGGCUAAACGUUGCGCUUACCUUUUGGAAGAAGCGUAGUGUGAAUGAACUUGUAGCGUAUUUAGUCCGGAUGCAAGAUUUAGGAGUUGUGGUGGAUUUUCUACCAGUUCUUACCAAUAGCCUCCAAGAAGAUAAAUCCACUGUGUCUAUGGGCUGCUGUGUGGAUCUUCUCCCACUGGUCAAGUCACUUUUUAAAAGUAAAUAUGAAGAAUAUAUAAUAGUCGGUCUGAAUUGGCUUCAGGCUAUUGUGAAGAGGUGGUGGACACAGUUAUCUGCAAAUUCGGAAAGUACAGCAGAUGAAAAUGUUCUAAUUUUAAAACACCUAUUAAGUGGUAUGUGGAAACAAGAAAAUCAUCUGACCUCCUUCCCUGGUUAUACUGGGAACAUAGCAAAGGAUUUGGAUGGCUAUUUAUCACAGCUCCAUUGACCUGGAUUCUUCAUCAGACUAUGUGCUUUCUUCUGAAUUUGCAAGAUAGUGGACAAUUCUUGCUAUGGAUGCUACUGAAGUAACCGAUAUUGGACACAAACAAUAUAAUAAAACCACUAACUCAUCGAAAAUGUGAUCAUUCACGCAUCCAUUAUGAAUCCACAAACGAAACUGUGACUGCCUGCUUCAUAUUGAAGUAGUGUUAUCUCAAGAUGGCUUCUUUGACUUAUUUUAAGGAAUUGUCCUUUUUGGACAUGUGAAAAAGUGUCACUCAUUACCCAAAGGAUAAUGGAAACCAUUACAUAAACUUCACUGGAAUCACGUUUGAUGGACCGCUGCCAUCUGAGCAAAAUGCACUUCGUAAUGCAUAAGAGUCCGUGCAAACCUCUGUGCCUCCAUCUCUUUGGUACACUUAGAUGUGGACUCUGGACAUUGCAGCUAUUUUCUGUUUGUGUUUUAUUAUUAUUAUUAUUUGAUGCGUAAUAUUAAAAACAUUUUUUUGCAAUAGAAAAAA